CGCUCAGCCAGCAGCACUGUGGGCGUUUAGCAGGGGGCUGUGACUUCAGCGGGGCUUCACUUCAGCAGCACAUGCCCACCAGGGCGCGUUACAGUUUGCACAGGAGCACGGCUGAAGCCGACCUUGCACCGACCGCAUCCGGGCCCGAGCCUGUGCGCGGAGCGGGGAUCCCAGCUGCCCGCGAGCUGGGAAGGUGCUGCGGCCCGUGACCGCGGGUGGCUCCUGCCUCUGGGAGGAAGGUCAGUGCGCGCGUCUGCCACGGAGCUAGUGGGGACGGAGCAGUGGCUGCUGCUCUCCGCGUCCCGCUGUCCGGCGCGACCUUACACACCGGCCUCCGGCCUUAGACGCUGCCGGAGCUCGCGCUGCUGCCGGGACAGACACGGGCAGGAGGCGGAGGGUGAGCGCCGCAGGAGCCGCUGUACGCAGCAGGGCCAAGGACGCUGGCGCCUGCGCUCUCCGAAACAGCCCCUGAGCGAGCCUCCAGCCUGACCCGCCACGGCCUGCCCGCGGGAGCCAAGUCUCCUGCCCGAGAAGAAAAAGCUUUACAGUUAUUUUGGUUUUUGGGACCAGUGACAUAUGCGAAGUAUUCAGUUCAUCUCGUUCCCUCAUACACCUCCAAAUUAUCCUGAUAAAUGUGGCAUGGCUAUUUACACUAAUCUUAAAAUCCAAGGAUUUGAUCCAAAUCUAACUGAAAUCAAUUGGAGUCUUUCUGGUGACAUUAUUGGGUGCUGGACUCGACCCCAGAGGAAUAAAUCCCAGAACAACUGGAAUCCCAUUGUGUCCCGUUUAACUAAUGAUCUGAAUUGCUGCUUGUCUUAUAGACAUGAAUUACUCUCAUUUCAUCACUGCAGUAAGUGCAGCAAGAAAGGCCUCUCCAAUAAGACUUCUGACUGAAUUGAUGCAGAAGUCUCCCCCAUCACUAAUCUCCUUGGCUGGAGGGGCACCGAACCCCAACACUUUCCCAUUUAAGAUGGCCACUAUUACCACUGGAGAUGGAACUGCUGUGAAUAUUGGGGAGGAUUUGAUGAAGAGAGCCCUCCAGUACUCUGCCUCAGCAGGAAUUCCUGAGUUGUUGUCCUGGCUAAAGGAUUUACAGAAGAGUCUCCACAAUCCUCCCACUGCCAACUACAGUCCUGAUCAGGGCCAAAUGGAGAUAUGUGUCACCACCGGCAGCCAGGAAGGCUUGUCCAAAGUGUUUGAGAUGCUUAUUAACCCUGGAGACAAUAUCCUUUUGGACGCACCCACCUAUCCUGGGACUCUAGCAGCUCUAAGACCUUUGGGCUGCAACAUAAUCAAUGUUCCCAGUGACCAAUACGGUAUUAUUCCAAAAGCCCUGAAAGAAAUUCUUUCCAGAUGGAGCCCAGAAGAUGUCAGAAAGCACAACAACAUUCCCAAAUUCCUGUACACCAUUCCAAAUGGUGGCAAUCCCACUGGAACCUCAUUGACUACUGACCGCAAAAAGGAGAUAUAUCAGCUUGCAAGACAGUAUAAUUUCCUUGUAAUAGAAGAUGAUCCUUAUUAUUUUCUUCAGUUUGAUAAGCCUUGGGCUCCAACCUUCCUCUCAAUGGAUGUUGAUGGUCGAGUUAUCAGGACUGACUCUUUCUCUAAAAUUCUCUCCUCUGGGUUGAGAAUAGGCUUUUUAACUGGCCCCAAACCACUUAUUGACAGAGUUAUUCUGCAUAUACAAGUCUCAACAAUGCACACCAGCACUUUCACACAGCUUAUGAUUGCACAGCUUCUUCAGCAGUGGGGAGAAAAGGGUUUCCUGGAGCACGUAGACAGGGUAGUGGAGUUCUAUAGGGUCCAGCGAGAUGCAAUGCUUGCUGCAGCAGACAAGUGGUUAAAAGGUCUGGCAGACUGGCAUGCUCCUGCUGCUGGCAUGUUUCUAUGGAUUAAAAUUAAGGGAGUUUCUGACACACAACAGCUGAUCAUGGAAAAAGCUUUGCAGAAAGAAGUAUUACUGGUUCCUGGGGGAGCAUUUAACAUUGAUAGCUCAGUUCCUAGUUCUUAUGUCAGAGCUUCUUUCUCUCUGUCUUCUCCAGCCCAGAUGGAUCAGGCUUUUCAGAGGCUGGCUGAGCUUAUAAAAGAAGCUGUAUGAAGAUAGCAAAUGAAAACCAUCUAGCAAAUUAAAAGUCCCCUUCAAAAAAUCUGCACCUUUAUUAAAAGAGGAUUUCAUAAUGACAUUUAAGGAGCAAGCCACAAUACAGUGUAUAUUUCCUUGGUUGGUAUGAAUGCUUUGGGUAUUUAAAACAUGAAUAGAAGAUCGCCAAAAGACCUCAGAACAUGCCUUUUGAUAGGGAGUGCAGAAAGCUAUAGUUUAAUUAGAAAUUAUCUCGUUCAACCUGUUAACUCCUUUUUAUGACAGGCAAUAUCAUAUAAAAAGACUAUUAUUCCAAAUUGCAAUGCAGCUAUAGUAUAUGGUUAUGUGCACAGUAGCAAUAGUGUAGUUGAAGAAGAUAAUUCCAUUCUAAACCACCCUUCAUUUUCCCAUAACAUCCUCAAAAUUGUGCUGAAUCUUCUCACACCAGAACUUUUCCAAAAGUGAAUUUUAAAAGAAGGUUUGAACAAAUUCUAUUCAGUCAUUUUGAAUUAUUGGUGGAGGGAAUAGCUUUUCUACUUAGCAAAUAAAUCAACUUUUGAAAUAACUCAGGGAUGAACUACAUAACUUUUGACUUGACAUGAGACAUGAGUGACAACUGCAGUCGUUGCUAAAUUUGGCUGGGAAAGGACUUUUAAUUAAAGUAGUUAAUUUUUAAAAAUGGUAUACUUGGUAUGUACAGUAAAUUAUCUUCUUACUUCAACUACACUAUUGCUAUUGUGCUCAUAACCAUAUACUAUACAUAUGCUAUUUUUAGGUGCACAUUUCAAACUGUAUUGAUCAGAAAGUGUUUCACUCAGAAUCCUCUUAACCCAACACUUCCUGAACCCUAAAAUCAUAUUGCACCAGCAAAUUAACUAAUGUUUGGUCAGAGUAAAUUGACUUAGGCACUUUUGAAAACUUAAACCUGAGCAAAUGCAAUUAGACUCUGGUUACAAAUAAAAGGAAAUUAGUUUGCA